GCCAGUUAUAAACCCAAAAAUUUCCGGACGUCUCAACGACGCUGUAAAACCCUUCAGCCGUCUCCCACAGUUCACCUCCCAAGAAUAAAUCUUCAAAAUCAAUUCGUAUUAGAUAGAAGAUGAACAUGAAUUGUAGACCCGUCGGUUGAACCAAUGACCCAUUGACCCGUUGCUUUGUCACAGUUAGUGUUUGGAUCGGAUCAGACAACUAUGCCUAAAACCCUUCUCUAGUCUUCUCUUUCAAUAAUCUGCUCUUCCGGUUCUUGAAAUAAUCUCAAAAUGGAGUCCCCGCUAUUAGGGUUUAAAGAACCCCAAGUAGACUACGUCGUUGAAGAAAAAUCCCAGAGCUUCAAGCUAGUGCCUUGGAUUAGUUGGGAGGAGUGGAACUUUGUUAAAACCUCCCUCUUUUCGUCUUCUGCAGAUUCUAUAAACGCCGCCCUCCAAAGAAUAUCGACGUGGAGGAGCAGAGGGUGCAUUCCGGUGGUGAUUGAAGUCACUGCAUCUAUUAUCGAAAUUCAACAGAAAGAUCCUUUCUUCAGAGAUGACUUAAGUGAAGGUGCUUUGCAAUCACAAGAAAUGCUAUCCAUGCUGUAUUGCAUGGCAAUUAUGAGGCUUGUAAAUGGUGUGGUUGAAAAGACCCGGAAAAAGAUGGAGAUUUCAAUUGGGGAAGCAGCAAAUGCUAUUGGCAUUCCAAGAAUGCUUAUUGAUAUUCGUCAUGAGGGUUCUCAUCGUGAUCUUCCGUCUCUUCAACUGGUUCGUCUUGCAUCAAUGAAGGCACUUGAUUGGUUGAAAUCAUAUUAUUGGGAACCUCAAGAAAAGGCCAUCCCGGUUAAUCAAACUGCCGAUAUCAGAAAAGAAAUUAAGUGUAGACUACGUGAACUUGCUCUCUCUCUUAAAGCGAAGCAAACCACCAGAUCAAGUUCUUUGCAAGUCAAGGGAAAACGUGUUAGACAAAUGGAACACUUACACGGGCAUAGCAAGUUGCUCUUUCUUAUGGCUGGGAAGACAUCACAUUUUAAAACUAUAGGUUCUAAGAAGCAGGUUACCAAAUCAUUGAAAAAUAUUCUUCGGUUGUAUACUUCCUUUCCUUCAGAGGUGGUAUAUAUUCUCUUGGAACUCUUGCUGAAGGCAUUAGAAUCCUCGGAAUUCACAGAACACAUGGUGGAAUUGAAUAUUGGCCAUGAAAAGCUGCGGACUGUAUAUGAUGACUGGAAAUCUGUCGUCUUGAAAUUGUCAAAUAAAGAACCAGAAUUUCUUCUAACCAUCCUCACCGCUGUUCUUGAGAAGAUAGAGACGCAGGAAGAAAUCAUGAAAGGCGGAAUAGGUGAACAUUGCAAUCUGGAUUAUUUUGCCAAGUCUCGCCAAAUCGAGCUACUUGCUUAUUUGUUUGAGUGGCUUGUUGGAAAUCUCAAGUCACUCCAUCCCGUCUCUCACAAGGAACCUACAGAAUGUAAAGAUUAUCUGGCAGAAUCGAACUUGCCAAAGGAGACGCUACAAGGAUUAUUACGCAAAUGUCUUAUGUUGUCUUGUCCUGGCAAUAAAAGGCUGAUGGAUUCGGCCCUUGUUCUUGCACAGAUGACAGGAGACAACUCUUUACUCUGUAAGCUCAAAAAGAUGGCUUCCCUGUGGGUGUCAAAUUCCAACAUUAGCGAAGAAAACUCUGUUAAUUCUCACACUGAGAUCCUUCUUUCUGAACAAGAAGAUUCUAUUCGUCAAGCUGAAGAGAAAUUCAAGUUAAUCAGACACAGACAAAUGAAGGGCCCUGAUGUAAAACCGACAGACUCCAGUGUGGAAGUUACUAGCCGAUGGGUUGUUACGAAGUCAUGGAAGCCAUGUCCUAUAGGCAUGCUCCCCCACAAUCUUGGCUUCUCGGGCCGUCUUCCGGUUCUCGACUGCAAUGACAAGCCCAGAGAAGCUCAAAAAGUAUCAGAUUGCGAGGCGCCUUGGGAACUAAAUCAAUAUGGUAAAAGGGAAGCUGAUUGUUUGAUUGAAGAAUUGGACAGCGCAUUUAUUAAGAAAGUGAAGGAGAAUGAAGCAGAUUGUGAAUCAUACGAUAAGGAUGAUACUCCCUCUGAAGGGAUUAUGGGUCGUCUGAUGGUCGAUGGAGUCUGGAAAAAUGUUGCUGAGGAAGAGCUGCUUGCCAUUGCAUCAGCUGUAAGAUUAUUAGUUUAGACACAGCUGUAAUGGUUCUCUUAAAACAGCUACCAUCAAUUUUGCGACCUACAAAAGCUACCCUCGUAGCAAUCUCCAAAAGUCAGUUAUAGGCUCUUCGGAUAUCUAUUUCUCUAUUUCAAUCUGCGAUUCAAUAUUGGUUACCUCCGUUUUCAUUUGAACGUACUAGGAUCCUGUCCCGGAAUCCUUCUCUAGUAGGAAGCCCUGUCCCAAGAAAUCAAAGAACAAGAAGGGGAAAUAGAUUUUUACUAAACAAUUUGUAGUUCAUGUUAAUACAAUCAUAGCAAAUGUAGAGUUUCUGCAGAUUCUUUGCCGGACGCUGCACGAAUAUGAUCGUAAUAAUUUUCCUGAAUUAUUGGAUAUUUAUUUUAUUUUGAUACUUCA